ACUGUAUUCGUGCGACUCAUUCACCUUUCAUUUAUAAUAAUGUCUAUAUAUAUACAUAUACCAACACUCUUUGGAGCCUGGCGCUCACUUCCCACCUACACAAACACUAGCAUAAACAUGGUGAGGCAAUGGAAGGAGGCAACCACCGUGGGCGGUGAUGGCGAUGGUAUCAGCUACAGUUGUCUAAUGUUAGUGUUGUGGGUGGGUUUGUUAACUCUUUCUAUAGUUUCAGCCAUAAUAUUUUCUUGCGCACAAGGCAUGUCUAAAGAGAAUAAGUCUGCAGAAGUUGAUGAAACCCUUUACGGUGGCGGAUGCGGUGCUGGAUGUGGAGCAGCCUGCGGUGGUUGAUUAGUUUCACAGAAAUAAGGAACUUCCCAUUUUGUGUUAUGUGAUUCUUGCUUGGAAUAUUAAUAGAGCCAUCAGUUUUGAGAAGCUAAGGCAAAGGUGUUGCCCUAACCAAAUCGUUGAAGAGAAUUUUCAACUCUUCGUUUGUAUUUUUCCUUGAGUUUGAUUCUUGUAACUCUGCAAUUUUCUUCCUUCCCUAACAAAUAGAGAGAAAAAAAUAAUGUUAAUUAAAUUUAUUCCGAUAA